UCCAGAGCUCCCUGCUCUCCCGGGCACUUCCGCUGCAAGAGGUUGAGAGCGCGGCCUUCAUUCCUCUCGUGGAAGUCAGUGAGUCCUGGGACUCCGCGACCUGUUUUAACUUUUAUGGCUUGGUCGUAGGAUCAGCAGGGCUCGCACUUCGGUCAGCAGGAAAAGACGCUGCGGCGAGCAGCGGAGGGCGGAGUUGAAUGGCUGGGCAGCUGAUUGCCUUACUGUAUCCGGAGCUGCUGCGUUCGGGGCGGUUCGGGAGUCCCCAGGUUGGAAGUGGACCUGAAUGGGGAGGCGUCUGAGGGUCUCCUGGGCUCUCAGCGGCCCGACCCCCCUUCCCCCACCUCCCACAGCUCUGUCGCUUCCUAGCGGUGUAACGUUGGCAAGCGCCUGGCUCUUCUUUCUGAUUCCUGCAGGAAAGGAGGCUGUUCUUGGACUAUGCCUGACCCGUUUUUUAAGAAAGAGUGCAUCAGUCAACAGGUGGCGUCUGGAGUUAUCCUCUGUGGAUUUUCCAGGAUCUCAGACAAGAUCGUGCAAUCUCCCAGCCUCCUUUCCUUCCCCUGCCCUGACUUCUGAAAGAAUGCUGCGGAGAGGAGGGAGAGCAUCCUGGCUCCUGGCAGCAGAGCCCCACUGUGACAGGACCUAGCAUUCACCUUUCUCUUCUGUUCCGAGUGCGAGAAGACUUCAGGGACCUCUGUUUCAUGGACAUUAUCAUAUUCUUCUCAGAGUACCCAGCAAGAGGUUUGCAAAGAGGAGUUAUUCAAGACGGGGUUUCACCAUCUUGGCUAGGCUGGUCUUGAAUUCCUGACCUCGUGAUCCACCCGCCUGGGCCUCCCAAACUGCUGAGAUUACAUGCGUGAGCCACCGUGCCCAGCCUCAAAGCAGCAAAAAUGGACUAAGACAUCACUUGAACUGGCAGGAGGUGGCUGAACACACAAACCCUACAGUCAGCCUAUGCAGAAGAGAAUCAGAAUCAUACCCUGAGAGCUACAAGAACUCCAUUUUUCACUGUGCAGAGGCUCUCUGCUGAAGGGUCAAGUGGAAUCUGGAAUCCAGCCCAUGUUUCCCCAUCAUCAAGCCCUGUGAAGCUGCAGACUCCAAGCAACAGAGAGACAAGAUUUAGAAUACUGGCUCUGGUAUGAAAGCUGGAUUCAGGUACUGUUCCUGCCUCUUGACCUCACCAAGCCUCAGCCUCCUCGCCUGUUAAAUGGAUACAAUUGUCGUCAUUAUCAUCUGUUGAGAACUCCCUAAAAUGCCAGCUGAGCAUAGGCACAGAAGUUUAGGUGUUUGGACCAAGGUCACACAACUGAUACAACAGUAGCUUCUUCACAGAAUAUCUUACUGCACUGUACUCACCUAUUUUUGGACCAUAGUUGACUUCAGACUUGGCACUUCUCCAGAAGGAGGAGGACAAAAUGACGAAGUCUAAGGAGGCAGUGACGUUCAAGGACGUGGCUGUGGUCUUCUCUGAGGAGGAGCUGCAACUGCUGGACCUUGCCCAGAGGAAGCUGUACCAAGAUGUGAUGCUGGAGAACUUCAGGAAUGUGGUCUCAGUGGGGCAUCAGUCCACACCAGAUGGUCUACCACAGUUAGAGAGAGAAGAAAAGCUGUGGGUGAUGAAGAUGGCAACCCAGAGAGAUAACUCCUCAGGAGCCAAGAAUCUAAAAGAGAUGGAGACUCUUCAAGAAGUAGGAUUAAGGUACCUGCCUCAUGAAGAGCUUUUCUGCUCCCAGAUCUGGCAACAGAUUACAAGAGAGUUAAUCAAGUAUCAAGAUUCUGUGGUAAAUAUUCAAAGAACAGGCUGCCAGUUGGAAAAACGAGAUGAUUUGCACUAUAAAGAUGAGGGAGUCAGUAAUCAGAGUUCCCAUCUUCAAGUUCACAGAGUCCACACUGGUGAAAAACCCUACAAAGGAGAACAUUGUGUGAAAAGUUUCAGCUGGAGCCCUCAUCUUCAAAUUAACCAAAGGGCUCACGCAGGAGAGAAGCCCUACAAAUGUGAAAAAUGUGAUAAUGCCUUCCGUCGGUUUUCAAGUCUUCAAGCCCAUCAGAGAGUCCACAGUAGAGCAAAAUCAUACACAAAUGAUGCAAGUUACAGGAGUUUUAGUCAGAGGUCACAUCUUCACCAUCAUCAGAGAGUUCCCACUGGAGAGAAUCCAUACAAAUAUGAAGAGUGUGGGAGGAAUGUUGGGAAAAGCUCACAUUGUAAAGCUCUGAUAGUUCAUACGGGAGAGAAACCCUAUAAAUGUGAGGAGUGUGGGGUGGGCUUCAGUCAGAGAUCAUAUCUUCAAGUUCAUCUGAAAGUUCACGCUGGAAAGAAACCGUAUAAGUGUGAAGAGUGUGGGAAGAGCUUCAGUUGGCGUUCACGACUGCAGGCUCAUGAGCGAAUCCACACUGGCGAGAAACCAUACAAAUGCAAUGCAUGUGGCAAGAGCUUUAGUUACAGCUCACACCUUAACAUUCAUUGUAGAAUCCACACAGGAGAGAAACCCUAUAAGUGUGAGGAGUGUGGGAAAGGUUUCAGUGUGGGUUCACACCUUCAGGCCCAUCAGAUAAGCCACACUGGAGAGAAGCCAUACAAAUGUGAGGAGUGUGGGAAAGGCUUCUGCCGGGCCUCAAAUCUGCUGGACCAUCAAAGAGGCCAUACUGGAGAGAAACCGUAUCAGUGUGAUGCAUGUGGUAAGGGCUUCAGUCGUAGCUCAGAUUUUAACAUUCAUUUUAGAGUCCAUACAGGGGAAAAACCCUAUAAAUGUGAGGAGUGUGGCAAGGGCUUCAGCCAGGCCUCAAAUCUUCUGGCCCAUCAAAGAGGCCACACUGGAGAGAAACCCUACAAAUGUGGUACAUGUGGGAAGGGCUUCAGUCGGAGCUCAGAUCUUAAUGUACACUGUAGAAUCCACACAGGAGAGAAACCCUAUAAAUGCGAGAAGUGUGGUAAGGCCUUCAGUCAGUUCUCCAGCCUUCAGGUGCAUCAGAGAGUUCACACUGGAGAGAAACCAUAUCAGUGUGCAGAGUGUGGGAAGGGCUUCAGUGUAGGUUCACAGCUUCAAGCCCAUCAGAGGUGCCACACUGGAGAGAAACCCUAUCAAUGUGAGGAGUGUGGGAAGGGCUUCUGUCGGGCCUCCAAUUUUCUGGCACAUCGUGGAGUCCACACAGGAGAAAAACCAUACCGAUGUGAUGUGUGUGGUAAGCGCUUCAGACAGAGAUCCUACCUUCAAGCCCACCAGAGGGUCCACACAGGAGAGAGACCAUACAAAUGUGAGGAAUGUGGGAAAGUCUUCAGCUGGAGCUCAUACCUUCAAGCCCAUCAAAGAGUUCACACCGGAGAAAAACCAUACAAAUGUGAGGAGUGUGGGAAGGGCUUCAGUUGGAGCUCAAGUCUUAUCAUUCAUCAGCGAGUCCAUGCUGAUGAUGAGGGUGACAAGGACUUUCCUUCAUCACAGGAUUCACACAGGAAAACUCGAUAAAAUAUGUUUUACUAUCUCAGAUGGGUGCUGAAAUAUUUUAAUAAUCAGAGCUAUCAUAGACAAAACAUUUGUUUUAUAGAGUCAGUAGUUCAGCCAAGUGAUUGGGAGACCACACAGCAGAGAAGCCUCACAAGAGUGGAGACAUAUGGACUGCAUUCAGAACAUUGACCAUUAGCUGAUACAUGCAGACAAGAGGAUCAGGAAGGAUGAGUCUGAUCUGGAGUAAAUCAGAAGUACUAAGAUGGAAAUGCUGAAUUCUGUUCCACUAGAAUAUAAGAUCCAAGAGGGCAGGGACUUUGUUGACUGCCAAAUCUACUCUGCCUUUUCAGUGCCUAAUACGUUGUAAUUUUUCAGUAGUAUUUGAAAUUACUGUCAUAUUUGAAAUUCAGUAAUAUUUGACAUUUUUAUUUAUCUCUAGAAGUUUCUCUAAAAUUGUACUCAGAAGAAUUCUGCAAGGCUUGGAGGAUAUAUAAGUUAGUCAUAUGGCCUGAUUUUCCCAUUUUUGCAGAUCUCGUGGACAAGUGUUUAUCAAACUGAAGGUUGCAGCUUGUUAGUGGGUCCAGAAAUCAGUUUCUGGCUAGCAACUAGAAGUUUUGUAUGUUAACAGUACUUUAUUGAGGUGUAAUCUGCAUGCAGUAACAUGCACAAGUCUCAAGUUCAUGGCUUUCUGAAUUUUGACAAAUGUAAUCAUCACCAAGAUCAAUGUAUACAAUAUGUCUAUUAAACCAAAAAGUUUUCUUGUGCCCAUUUCCAGUCAA